GAGACUCAGAUCCUCCAGACCCCAAGGAUGGGGGUCCCGGCUCUGCAAACCCUCCUCCUGCUGCUCUCUCAGACCCUGGCCUUAACCGAGACCUGMGACGUGGUGAAUCCCAGGGCAGAGCCGCGGGUGCCGUGGAUGGAGCAGGUGGGACCUGAGUACUGGGACCGGAACACAUGGAUCGUCAAGCGCAGUGCACAAGCCUUUCUGAGUGAUUCUAAACAACCUGCUCGGCUAGACCAGAGCGACGCAGGCUCUGAUCAAUCACCGCCCCUCAGUGUCACGCGGGGAAAGUCCGUGGGGCCGGACCGACAAGAGUGGCGGUGCCAGGAGCUCAUACCUACCAGACUCUCCGUGGCUGCAUCCUGGGGCGGCACCUGCGCCUCCUCCGCGGGUACUGUCAGGACGCCUACUUUGGUGGAUUACAAUGAGCUGAAAGAGGACYUGCGCUCCUGGACUGCGCGGACACAGCGGCUCAGAUUACCCAGCGCUAAUGGGAGGCAUCCAGUGAGGAUUAUCGCUGUAGGGCCUACCUCUAGGAGGAGUGCGUGGAGUGGUUCCGCAGAUACCUGCAGUACGGAAGAUCACCCUGACCUGGCUGCAGUGGGGAGGACCAGAUGCAAGACAUGGAGCUUGUGGGGACCUGCAGGGGAUGGAAACUUCCAGAAAUGGGCAGCUGUGAAGACCUUUGGCAAAGCAGCAUGUCAUGGUGGCAGCACCUAGCAGAGGAACAAAAGAGAGAAGAAACCAUGGCCACAUGACAUCCUUUGAGGGCACAACCCCAAUAACUGAAACCUCGCACAAGGCUCCACCUCAUAUUUUUCCCACCAUCUUCCAAUAGAACCACAUGCUGGGAACCAGGCUUUAACAUGAACUUUUGAAGGAAAUUUCAGAUCCAAACUAUAAUGUUACCCUUACAAGGUUCAGCCAGCCCUUGCACACAGGAAAUUUGUGACAUCAAGAGAUGAAUUUUCAGAUUUAUACAGCUCUUGCCCUCCUUUUAGAAGUGUUCCUUGUAUUGUACUUCCCAUCCACUUCCUAACCUUCUUAAAUGAACCAGAUUUGGGGAUUAGCAGAAAAGAGGGACUUUAUAAUUUCUCAUCAUAGAUAGAUUCCUGUUAAGUUUUUGUUUUUUCUAAUCACCUGUCCCUUUUCCCUGCCCUUAGUUCUAGUAAUCCUAGUGAUUGCUCCAAUCCAAACUUGUGGAUUUAUAAAGCAGAAUCUAAUUUAGACAUUUAUUGCUUGAAAUAUAGGGCCUAUGAUCCUAGCAUCUUGUUUAGUGAAGAGACAAAUGUACUCAUGUGUUGUGGAGUGCAGGGUGUGGGAAGUAGAGUGGGGGAAGAGAGGGCAGCCCUGACAUCCAGCUGCCAGGAAAACACUGGGCUUCACACAGAUAUUAGAAUAAGCAGACAAUGACAUUAAGACAGUGUUCAUAAAUUUAUUCCAAAUGUUCAUGAGACACAUAAAAGAUCACAAUCAAAAUUCCAAAGAUAAAAGCAUCUGAGAUGUCAAAUGUACAAAAUGUGAGGUGAGAUUCAUGGUAGACUGUACUGAAGAAUAAAAGAUCAAUGACCUUGGAGACAAAGAAAUAGAAACUUUCCAAAAUUUGCAUAAAGCAAUUCUUACAAUAUAUUGUCAGUUUUAUGACGUAAUUUGAUAUGAUGUUUAAAAAUAUCAGCACAACAAAGAAGAAAUAGAGAAUAACAUCUUCAUAUCUCACUGAAAUUAAGUAUGAAUUUUGAAGUAGUUUUUGGUAGACAAAUUGUAUAGAGUAAGUCCAAGAGUAACCAUGAAGAAAACUAUAAUGAAAAAUAAUUAGAAUUAACAUAUUAUAGUAGCAAAUAUCCACUUAAUACAUGCAGAAUCAGUAAAGGAAGAGGGAGAAAAGACAUGAGACAAAGUAAAUUACAGACAAAGUUCAUUAACAUUAAAUGGAAAUGGAAUAAAUAAGCAAAUCAAAAGACAGAGAUUGUCACACUAGAUAAAUAAGAUUAAACUACACACUGUCUACAGUAGACACACUUACGAUUCACAGGUAUACAUAGAUAAAAAAAGAUGGAAAGUAAUGGCUAUGGUGCCCUCUUGUGAUCSAGCAACUCUGGAAGCAGAAGCAGGAGUUUGAGGCCAUCCUCAGCAACUUAUUGAGACCCUGUCUCAAAUUAAAUUUAAAAAGGGCUU